AUGAAAGAAAAGCAGAACCCAACAGCAAAUCUCAAUCUAAUGGAGAUGGGAAUCAGGAGGUGUCCCUAUGGAUCACUACCCAUGGUUGUUGCUGCUCUUGUUUCGAUCUUGAGGUUGUCGACCACUGCUUCCGGGUACGGAUGUUUCGGCCCGGUUGCAGCUGCAUUUGGCGGUAAUGGGUUCUUCUGCGCCAUUGAUGUUGCAGGGAAGCAAGAGGUCGUAUGUUGGGAUAAAUAUGAAAACUUUACCGCCUCAUCGUCAGCUGCUUACUUGGCUCCCCUGCCUCCCAUGGCUUCACUCUCCGGCGGCGAGGAGUUUCUCUGCGGCAUUACGUCGAACACUUCCCAGCCAUUCUGCUUUAAGAAGUCGGAUCCAGGUACUAAUCUUGUCCCGCCCAGUUUCCAGGACAACUCAUAUUCCCAGAUUGCUGCAGGCCAGAAUCAUGCUUGUGGGAUCAGAGAGACUUAUUACUCUGUUGGGAUUGAGGGCUACGGUCGAAUUGAUUGUUGGGAGUUCAAUCAAACGACCACCUCAUUCUCUAGUCUGUAUGUGGAUAGCCAUGCGUUCAAGAACAUAGUCGCCGGGGAUGGAUUUAGUUGCGGGGUGGUUGAGCAAAAUGGGGUGAUUUGUUGGGGACCCAGAUCAGCAGAAAUAAACGUUCCAGCUAUGUCAGGUGAUUAUGAGAUUUUGGCCUCAGGAAGAAGCUCUGUGUGUGGGAUAUCCAGUGCUUCAAGAGAAGUUCAUUGCUGGGGUUCUGAUGCUAGUCAAGUUAAUUCCCUGCCCAUGGGAGGAGAUAGAUUUGUGCGCUUAACAGCUGGUGCGGAUUACUUUUGCGGGGUUCGUGAGGACAAUCAUGAAGUUCAAUGUUGGGGGUACGACGUUGAUCCAAGUUCGGCUCCAAUGGGGUCUGGGUUCACAGCCAUUGCUUCUUCAGAUUACACCGCCUGUGGAAUACGAGAAGUCGAUUUGGUAGUCGGCUGCUGGAGUGUAGUGUAUGGGAAGUCUCCUACAGAUUACAAGCCACCUGCGCAGCUGUGCAGUCCAGGGACAUGCUCCCAGGCGGCAUCAUCAUCAUGCCCUGAUGGAAUGUUUUCUUUCGACCCAAGCAUUCUCGACGUGCCAAAUUGGACCAACAUCUGUGCAAGAAAAGACCUCAAGAUCUGCCUACCUUGUGGCACAAGCUGUUCACAUGGCUAUUUCGUUUCGACACAGUGUACAGAGAAUGCUGACAGGAAAUGCACCAGUUGCUCGCUCUGCAAUAACAGUUCUUGCUGGGACACCUGUGGACUUCUAAGAACGGCAAACGAGACUCCACAGCAUGAGCAAAAACAGAAGAAGAAACUCGUUCUCAUCAUUGGCAUGUCAUUGUUGGCUUGCUUGUUGCUUGUCAGUUCGUGUUGUGUCAUUUUCCAGGUCAGGAGAGCUACUAGGGAUGGAAAGAAGAAGAGAAGCUACUGGCAGCAGUUCUGCAUAUGUAAGCCAGUAGCAGUAGAGGCCGAUCCUGACCCUGACCCAGAUCCAGAACCCAUUCCUUCUAAGAGCUGGUACGUUGGAAAGGCUCAAGUGUUCCGGCUUUCGGAUCUCAAAGAUGCCACCCAUGGUUUCAAGGAGUUCAACGAGCUGGGCAGGGGAAGCUUUGGGUUUGUGUACAAGGCUGUGCUGUCAGAUGGAAGGCAAGUGGUGGUGAAGAGAGCUAACGCCGCGACCAUAAUCCACACAAACAACCGACAAUUCGAAUCGGAACUCGAAAUCCUGUGCAGGUUGAGACACAGAAACAUAGUUAACCUAUUGGGUUACUGUACUGAGAUGGGGGAGAGGUUACUGGUUUACGAGUACAUUCCGCAGGGGACGCUCUACGACCAUCUCCACGGAGAGCUCUCCCCAUUACUGGAUUGGAGCAUGAGACUGAGAAUCGCUCAGCAGGUGGCACGCGGACUCGAAUACAUGCACAAUGGCAACGACGACAUCAUGGCAGCUGCAAUGAGCAUAGUUCAUGGGAACUUGAGAACGUCGAAAGUGCUAUUAGAUUCCGAGUGGAGGCCGAGGAUCGGAGACUUUGGAUUCUCGAAUGGUGUCGAGAAUCUGAAGUCUGAAAAGGGGGAUGUGUACGACUUUGGAAUUGUUGUGCUGGAGAUAUUAAGUGGUAGGAAGGCUUAUGAUAAAGAGUGUAAUCCUCAUGGAAUUGUGGAGUGGGCGGUGCCAUUGAUUAGAUCAGGGAAUCCUGCUGCCAUUAUAGAUAAGAAUGUGGCUCUGCCGGAGAAUAUGGAACCUCUGCUUAAACUUGCAGAUGUUGCUGAGGCUGCUCUCAGGGACAAUCCGAUUGAGCGGCCUGAUGUGGCUAGCCUCUCAAAUUUGUUGGAUGAAAUUGUGAAAAUGGAGGUUGAUAUUUUGAAAACAUAG